GUCCGUGGCCAUAUGACGCCACGAUUGCAGAGCGAGUGAUUUUCCUUGAUUAGCUUACACGUUGCGCACAUCGGUGAAAUUGCUGUCACUAGUAGUGGUUUAGCUCGGCAGAGGAAGAGGAAGGGGAGAGAUGAGCUCUGUGUGCGUGAAGCCCGGGGGCGUGGGGUACUUCGGCGGGGUGAGGUGCCAGCGGCGGUCGCGGAUACGGGUGUCGGCUGCGGCGGCGGCCGCGCCGCCGAGGGGGACGAUGUACGAGGUGCUGGCGGUGGAGGAGACGGCGAAGCCCGAGGAGAUCAAGGCCGCGUACAGGCGCGCCGCACGGCGGUGGCACCCGGACGCGUGCCCUGGCAGUGCCGAACGGUUCAUUCGGGCGCGGGAGGCCUACGAGGUGCUCUGCGACCCCGAGCGCAGGCGCGGCUACGACAUCCAGCUCCGGUGCGGUGGCGGCGACCCCGGGAGCGCCGGAUACCGCGCGGCGAGGCGCGCGGGGUUUGCCGACUGGGAGGCGCAGUUGGCCGGGCUGCAGUGGCGCGCGGCGGGACGGCGCACAGGCGGGGAGACGUGGGGCAGCAAGAUGCGCCGGGCGGCCUCGCAGCCGUUCCGGUAGUCGGGUGACUCGUGUCGCGGUGGUUUUUGAUCGAUUCGCGUGCUCCGGGAAAGAUGUAAUUGACGCUCUUCUGCAGCGUUCAUCUUCGCAAUCGCACUGUCUGGAGUGUAGAGGAGCUGAUAGUAACUAGAGUGUACCAAAAGUAAACAUUCUAAAUGUGUAAUAUCAUCACACUUUUAGUUUGAA